UAUCAUUUGAUAUUAUUCGAAAAAAAAAAUUGAUCGAAUUCUUCAAGUAAUAUAUAUGCAUUACAAAGUCCACCGCAUUUUAAUAUUUCAAAGUCAUCUCUUUCUGAAACAAGUCUCGCUCGGCCAUCUUUGAAUCGUGACAUCAGCGAUUGAGGAAUCUGUCGUCGGAUCCUAUAUGUUGCGAAGAAAAUGUACUCGAAGAGAAGAAAUAAUGGCGUUUCUCAAACGCACAGGAAAUAAAAAAAAAUCGCAUAGAUUUUGCAAGAACGUUUACCGAACAUACCAUCUUUCGCGUUACCGACAACGUGACUCUCGAGAUCGUUAUCAUCGUGCGCGAUCUAGAUUUCUCCGACUUUUGUAUCGUCGAUUCAUCGAUAUCCGCAUAUGUAGGAAUAAUUGGCGAUCGCGAUUACAUACUUUGUCGCGACGAUGUCGUAAACGACUCGAUCGGUACAGGGUGCACGAUGAUGAUAUCGUUCCAAGCUCGAUAAGAACGUCCUUGCCAUGUAAUAAAGUAAUAAACGAUCGUUGAACCGUUCGAAAUUCGCGCCAGCAUCCUUGUGUCGUAUGCGGGAGACCCCGUGGCGCGUUGUUAUGAUCUAUCAUGGCGGAAUGUAGUGUUGUGGCUGCUUGUGGGUUGCCUAUGUCAAUUUUGAAGUGAUAUAGCUUAGGGGAAACGUGGGACGAACGGCGAUGCGAGCCGUCGACGACUGUCACGGGUAUUGGCGUGAGAUAAUCGUGUUCCUAUGAGCAGCCGCAUCGCGGAGGUAGCCUCUAUCGUUCGGGCUCUCUACGUUCGCCGCCGCCGCCGCCGCCGCGGGAAGAAUCAUACACAGCAGCGAGAAUCGUACACACAGCGUUCGCCGUCGACGGGGAGUAUCGUCCAUCGUAGUAAAACUGCGACGUCCGCAAGUCGAUCGGGUAUCCCGUAUCUAACACCGGUGUGUCUCGAACACGUCGCGAACGCGACACGUGAGAGUGCAAGUACGUACGUCGUGCGGACGUUUCCCGCGCGCAUUCGUCUCUUUCAGAGAAAGUUUUUCAUUAGGAGACGCACCACGAGCAUCGCCGGGGGGUAAUUUGCGUAAAGAGGACGGUGCGUCGUGCACAUUCAGCGUCAUAGAUCAUUCGGCGAAGCCACGAGGAAGGCCGGGGAAGUGCGAAACUAUCAUUGCUCAUGCUAUGCUCCAAGUCUGCCGAAACACGCGUUUCCUCGACCGAUUGACACCGAAAUCGACUGGUGUGUAAAACUUGGUGUUUCGUUAUCCGUCACACGAAAUUCCGACUGAAACACUAGUCUCACGCAGCGCGCGUGUGUCUUUCGAUAAAGACAUUGAUAUACCAAUCACAUUUUGUUUAUACCGUACAUAAACGAUGCAAUAACAAGAAACCUUGAUGAGUUGUAUAAGGGCAUGUGGAAAUUUAACAUAUCUCCGUUUUUGUCCACUCAUUGAUUGGUUAAAUAUCUGAAGGUUUCCUAUAGAGAGAUAAUCGCUGAAAGAGCCAAAGAUUGAGCUAAUUUGGAAAGGCAUGCAGAAUAGUUGGUGAUAUCAGAGAAAAAGUGCAUUAAAUAGUUUUACAAUAUGACGGAUACACGUAGGAGAGUGAAAUUGUAUGCUCUUAAUGCAGAUAGACAAUGGGAUGAUCGUGGUACAGGCCAUGUUUCCUCUUCCUAUGUAGAUAGAUUAAAGGGGAUUUCUCUUUUAGUAAGAGCAGAAAGCGAUGGCUCUGUUUUACUGGAGAGUAGAAUACAACCUGAUACAGCAUAUCAGAAACAACAGGACACUUUAAUAGUAUGGUCUGAAGGAGAUAAUUUCGACUUAGCUCUAAGUUUUCAAGAAAAGGCUGGCUGUGACGAAAUAUGGGAAAAGAUUUGUCAAGUUCAAGGCAAGGAUCCAUCUGUAGAAAUUACACAAGACAUUGUGGAAGAAUCUGAAGAUGAACGAUUUGAUGAUAUGUCAGAUGCAGCACCACCUAUCGAAUUACCUCCAUGUGAACUUAGUCGAUUGGAAGAUAUUAACGAGCUCAUAGAAAAUUGUUUAACAUCCCCAAUGAGAAAAGAAAAAUUAGCAGUAGCGCUAGAAUCUGAAGGUUAUAUUAAGAAAUUGCUAAAUCUUUUUCGUACGUGCGAAGAUUUAGAGAACAUUGAGGGAUUGCAUCAUCUUUAUGAUAUAUUCAAAAAUAUUUUCCUACUCAAUAAGAAUGCAUUGUUUGAAGUUAUGUUCAGUGAUGAUACAAUUUUUGAUGUUGUUGGAUGUUUGGAAUAUGAGCCAACGUUAUCUCAGCCAAAGAGGCAUAGAGAAUACCUGCGACAGUUAGCCAGAUUUAAACAAGCAAUUCCUAUCACAAAUACUGAACUAUUAGCUAAGAUCCAUCAAACGUACAGAGUUCAAUACAUUCAAGAUGUAGUGCUGCCAACCCCGAGUGUAUUCGAGGAUAAUAUGUUGAGUACAUUGAGUAGUUUUAUAUUCUUCAAUAAAGUUGAAAUAGUGACUUUGAUACAGGAUGAUGAGAAAUUUCUUACUGAACUUUUUCGUCAGUUAACAGACGAAGCGACCUUAGAUAGCAAGAGACGCGAUUUGGUUCUUUUUUUGAAGGAAUUUUGCAAUUUUUCACAAAAUCUUCAGCCGCAAGGGAAAGAGGCGUUUUAUAAAACAUUAACAGCACUUGGUAUACUUCCCGCUUUAGAAAUCACUUUGGCGAUGAACGAUGCGCAGACAAAAACGGCCAGUAUAGAUAUAUUGACUUAUAUCGUGGAAUAUUCUCCAAGUGUUGUACGAGACUAUACAUUACAACAGAUAAAUAACACAGAACAGGACCAAAUGUUAGUGAAUGUAAUAGUUGCUCAACUUGUCGGAGAUAGCGAUCCUGAGUUGGGUGGUGCAGUCCAGUUGGCUGGUGUGCUACGUUUACUUCUGGAUCCAGAGAACAUGUUGGCUUCUGUUAACAAAUCAGAAAAGACUGAUUUCUUAAAUUACUUUUACAAGAAUAGUAUUGGUACUUUAAUAGCGCCUCUCCUAGCAAACACAAUCGGAGAACGACCUGCAAGAGAGGAUUACAGAACAGUACAACUUUUGGGAUUGAUCUUAGAGCUGUUAUCAUUCUGUGUGGAACAUCACACAUACCACAUUAAGAACUGCAUAUUGAACAAAGAUUUACUUAGAAGAAUAUUGGUUUUAAUGAAAUCAACACACACAUUUUUAGUACUAUGUGCAUUAAGGUUUAUGAGGAAAAUUAUAGCUCUAAAGGACGAGUUUUAUAAUAGAUAUAUAAUUAAGGGUAAUUUAUUUGCCCCUGUAUUUGAUGCAUUUGUAAGAAACAAUGGUAGAUACAAUCUUCUGGAUUCAGCUAUAUUGGAAAUGUUUGAGUUUAUCAAAUUGGAGGAUAUCAAGUCACUAUGUUCGCAUGUUGUUGAAAACUUUUCAAAGGAACUGGAAGCAAUUGAUUAUGUACAAACAUUUAAGGCAUUGAAGUUAAGGUAUGAACAACAUCAAGACAAAUUGAAAGAUCGCGAUAGAUCUGCAAUUGACAGUGUCCCAUCAAUUUUACGAAAUAGUCGGUACCGAAGAGACCAGAGGCAGCUAGAAGAGGAGGAAGAACUAUGGUUUAACGAAGAGGAGGAGUAUGAUGAGGGUAAGGCGGUAGUAGCCGCGAUAGCAGCAGAUGUUAUACUUUUACUUUCUGUCAAGAAACAAUUGUUAUUUUCAAAUUUUGCUCUUAAUUCCGCUCUUAUAGAUUCAAAGAGUCAUCAGCAGCAACAGCAACAGCAGUCUGUAUUAAACAACAAUACUUCUAAUAAUAACAUUACCUCGCAACAAUCGCAAAUCAAUAAUAGUGUUUCAUCAACAACGAAUGAAUCGCCAAUUGCUUCGGACAUAAAUCCUACUCCGGCUAUCGGAACUGUGGAAAAAACAGGAACUGCACUAUUCAAAAAGGGAUUAGUCGAUUAUGAAGGAGAUUCAGAUGAGGACGAUGACGAUUCGGAGUCAAGUCCCUCCCCAAAACGACAACGAUUGUCAUAGUAGGCAAACUUGGAAAGAACAAGACAUUUGUGAUUUUUAAUUACUAUUAUCAUUUCACGACCCUCCUACCUGUAAAAACAGAUCUAUCCUCUCAUUUUUGAAAGAGACAUAGAUUGAGCUCUUGCUAAGAAACAACAAUAAGUGCUUUUAAAAGAGAUUUGUGGUGGGCACUCAUUCAUAGGUCUGUGUUGACUUAUGUAUAGUAUGCAAAACAUAAAUAGGGUCUGAAUGAAAACUGAGUAAAUUAUAUCGGUCGAAUGUCAGUAAAACAAAGGAAGAAUGAACUUUCUUUAAUGAAACGAGCAGUGGUAGUAUUGUGGCAUAAUAUGAUGUAGCACAAUGUACUAUAUAAUGCAUAAAGAAAAGUUGCAGAUAUUAAACGAAUCAUAGUCCAUUCCACUUGUCUGGAAACACCUUGUGCACUAGGAAAAAUAAUCUCAUGGAUAAUUAUGAAUAAACUAAGAGAAUUUGGCUAUAGAUAGUCAAAUUCAACUGAUUUACAGAUAUAGGAGUUCUCUAAGCAUAUGCUUAGAUACUCGGUAAUGCUGCAGUGUCGUAGUUAAACUGUGACUACAGUGAUUACGAUUAUCUGGUAAGUCUGUUAAAAAGAAACUUACAAUAUGCGUUGUAAAAUCAAAUUUCAAGAAGACAAAGAGUACAUGAUGUACCGCACAAGAACAACCGAGCGCUUUGUUUUGCCAUUUCUAUGUUUCUUAUCGCCUGUUGUGCGAUAGAGAGACCUAUGCUUCGAGGGGAUCAGGCACUAUGAAACUUUAUCCAGUACGACAGAAAUAGUAUUUAGUUUGUAUAUAUAUGUAUAUUUGUAAUGAUUGUAAAACACAAUCAUACUUGAAUUAAACAGAAACACAUAAUUUCUUUAAGAAAUCAGUUCCCUUUAAAAUACUUUCAAUAAGCUUUUCGGUUGUCAAUGUAAGUAGUAGUAACUGUAUAAUAAAUAUUUGAUUUAUGUAUAUUUACCAGUCUGCACUUCAUGCCCAAUGUUAAUCCUUGAUGUAUAAAGAAUUAUAACCUGGAUAUGUAUCAUGCGAUUCUGGAACAGUUAAGUUUCAAGCAUAUUGUUCAUAUAAAUUAUUUGUAUCUACAUGGGCAAAAUGAAGCCAAAAAUCGCAGAAAAGCGCUUUAUAUAUAAAAACAUUACUUUCUAAAUGUUUUAAGUUACAUAAUUUAAUUUUGUUGAAAUAUAAGCAUAUUUAUACUGCAAUAUAUACUUUUUAUAUAUUGGAUAGAAAAAAUAUAAGAUGCAAUAUAAAAUUUUAAUUUGUGCUUGCUUAAAGACGAUACAAAAUAUUUUAUUUUAUAGAAAUGUAACACAUUUUUAAACAAAAUAUAUAUUGCUUUAAAUACAUUAUAUACACACAUAUAUUGAUACAUAAAAAGCAUAUUUAACAUAUAUGAAUAUGUAUUUAUAUGUAUUAUAUAUGUAUAUAUUUUACAUAUACAAGUAAUCUUAAAAAAAAAAAUUUUUUCCUAAUUACUUAUACAACCGAUAAAGUUAACAAUGAAAACAGAAGUCUUUAGCAUUUACCAUUAUAUAAUUCCUAUAGCAUGUGUUAAAAAUUUAUUUUUACAUUGUUUUUGAUUUAGUUAAUUUCAUACACAGAAUAAAAGCUAAUGUACAAAUUUUCCAACAAUAUGCCUAAUAUCCAGAAAAAUUUCCAAGACUGCUUUAGAACUGUAAGUACAUAUGCUUGAAAUAUCGAAUGAGAGGAUACAUACACAUGUACACAUAUACAUAUAUAUUGACUUAUGAUACUGUGAAAGAGAGAUUUAAAAAAGUUAAUUCACAUCACGAGAUGAACAAAUUGUGAAUAUCUGAAUAGGCAAAUUUGCUGGAGCUGAGUGAUACAUGUACAUAAAAUGUUGUGCAACUUGGACUGAUGACAAAAACUGAAAUGUAACAAAGGCUAAUAUUAAUUAGUUAAGUAAGAUGAUGCUGAAUAAUGUUGUUCUUUAUGUGUGUUUUACGUAUAUCCACAAUUUAUUCGAUAAAAUGAAAAAAAUAUAUUAAACCUAAAAUGUGCUACAUUUUGGGUGUAAAGAAUGUGCAGUAAGUAAAAAAAAAUUAAAAAUAAAUUAAUAUCUAAGUGACACUAAAAAAUAAAAAUGCGAUCUCGUGCUAUUUCAAUCAAGAGAGAAAUUUGAUAUAUAUAUAUAUAUAUAUAUAUAUAUAUAUAUAUAUAUAUAUAUACAGAGUAUUAUAUUCUUUUUAUCUAUUUCGCUAUCAUUGAUAUACUUGGUCAUUGUCCGCAAAUUUCAGUAUCUUCUCGUUUCGAUUUUUAUAUUAAUUUUGGUAUAUAUUGUAUUAAAUAUAUCUUGAAAAGAAUGAAAUACAAUAAGCUUUAAUAAUAAAAUAUAUUUAUCCAUAACUAUUAUUAUAAAUUUAUAAAAAUAAAAAUUUCUUUAAUCAAAAUAUAAUGAUUUUAGAUACAAUUUAUUUUAAUAGAUUAGAAGAAAUCGUUUUAAUCUCAUGUUUAUUCAUUGCCAAGAAGAUGUUGAUUUCUAUUAAAUAUGUUUGAUUUUAUACAUAUAUAAUUUUAAAAAUAUAUGUAUAGUACAAUAGUCUAAAACACUCUGCUUCAAAACCGUCGCCGAGAUCGCAAGUAUACAUUUUUCAACCGUCACAUCAAUGUAAUAUUAAAGGAAAAAGACGAACAGGUUGUACAAUAUCACGUGCUAAUAAUAAUAUGCGUUUUAAUUAUGUAAUGAUCGAAUAAAAAACUUUUUCUUUGAAAAUAUAUAUAUGUAUACAGACAUACACAA